ACAAGUAUAACCGUUUACCGCUAUAAAAAGUAAAGCAAGGCUUGUUUGUUUUAUAAUAGCACAUGUUAAGUAACAAGUCAUAAGUCACACGUAAACAGAAACAUAUAGAACUUUCAAGAAACAAUUAAACUACAUAUAUCAUUCUUAUUGUUUUUAAUUCAUAACCAUAUAUUUUGUAAAGACUAAGUUGUUGUAGAUGGAAUAUGAGUAUAUGCUUGGAGUGAUUCUGGCUUGUAGUUUGGCUUUGGUGUUUGUUGUGUACAGUUUUGCUGAAAAGAAGAAGGUCACAGAAACAGGUUCAUCAGAAAAUGUAAAAAGUAGUAAUCAGUGUGCAAAGACAUCAGAAAAUGGAGAAGCAGAUAUCAUCAUUGUAGGUGCUGGAGUUGCUGGUGCUGCACUUGCUUAUACACUUGGAAAGGAUGGACGGCAAGUGCAUGUGAUUGAAAGAGACUUGAGUGAACCUGACAGAAUUGUUGGAGAAUUGCUGCAACCUGGAGGAUAUCUUAAGUUACUUGAAUUGGGUCUUGAGGAUUGUGUAGAUGAAAUUGAUUCUCAGAGAGUGUUUGGCUAUGCUCUUUAUAAGGAUGGAAAAAAUACCAAGCUGUCAUAUCCCUUGGAAAGUUUUAGCUCUGAUGUUUGUGGAAGAAGUUUUCACAAUGGUCGUUUCAUACAAAGAAUGAGACAAAAGGCUUCAUCUCUUCCAAAUGUAAAAUUAGAGCAAGGAAGUGUCACAUCUUUACUUGAAGAAAAUGGAACCAUCAUAGGAGUGAAUUAUAAAACCAAGAGUGGACAAGAAUUCACAGCAAAGGCUCCUCUUACAAUAGUAUGUGAUGGUUGUUUUUCCAACUUGAGGCGUUCUCUUUGUGAUCCUAAGGUUGAAUCUCCCUCUCAUUUUGUUGGACUGGUUUUGGAGAAUUGUAAUCUUCCACAUGCAAACCAUGGACAUGUUAUCUUGGGUGAUCCUUCACCAAUUUUGUUCUACCCUAUCAGUAGUACUGAGAUUCGUUGUUUGGUUGAUGUGCCUGGCCAAAAAUUACCUUCCCUUGGUAAUGGUGAAAUGGCUCAUUAUUUGAAAACUGUGGUAGCUCCUCAGGUUCCUCCAGAGUUGUAUGCUUCAUUUAUAGCAGCAGUUGAUAAAGGAAACAUAAGAAGCAUGCCAAACAGAAGCAUGCCUGCAUCACCUUAUCCCACCCCUGGGGCUCUUCUGAUGGGAGAUGCCUUCAAUAUGCGUCACCCGUUAACAGGAGGUGGAAUGACUGUGGCUUUGUCUGACAUUGUUGUGCUGAGAAAUUUACUUAAACCUCUACAUGACCUGCAUGAUGCUUCUGCUCUUUGCAAAUACCUUGAAUCAUUCUACACCCUACGCAAGCCAGUGGCAUCUACAAUAAACACAUUAGCAGGUGCAUUGUACAAAGUAUUUUGUGCCUCACCUGAUCCAGCUAGAAAGGAAAUGCGCCAAGCAUGUUUUGAUUAUUUGAGCCUUGGAGGUGUUUUCUCAGAUGGACCAAUAGCUCUACUCUCUGGUCUCAAUCCUCGUCCGCUCAGCUUGGUUCUCCAUUUCUUUGCUGUCGCUAUAUAUGGUGUUGGCCGUCUGCUGAUACCGUUUCCUUCCCCGAAACGAAUGUGGAUUGGAGCUAGAUUGAUUUCAGGUGCAUCAGGUAUAAUUUUCCCAAUUAUCAAGGCUGAAGGAGUAAGACAAAUGUUUUUCCCAGCAACUGUGCCAGCAUAUUACAGAAUGCCUCCUGUCUAUUAACAUAUUAUUAUAAGAUAAAAAGACAUGGAGGAUAUGCAACCUGUAUUAUGGUGAAUUCUAUUCUAUCAUUAGGAAAAUGUGCUACUGCAAUCUGUAUUAUUGUACUAUAAUUUUUUUCAGUUGAAAAUUUUGGACAAAAAACAUUGCAAAAUCAAACUUCUAAGCUAAAGCACAAAAAUGCUAUUAUUUUGACUUAUCUAUGUUUAUAUAGUAGGUUUCUGUGCUUGUUGAAGACUAUGUGUUUCCUC